UCUGUUUACUGGUAAAUUGGCGUAUUCUGCUCUUCCCGGUCCUCUUUUUCGUUUUGUCCAUUAGGGUUUCUCCGUAAUCAAUCUUUUACCAAGCAAUUCCUUUUUUCCCCUUGCAUCGAAUAUGCUUCAAAUUCGGCUGAGGAGGGAUACGACGGCGGAGAUCGGCGGUGGAGCGAGGCCCUCGCCGGCGGAGACGGUGACUGUGGCAUGUCCCGACCACCUCGUCCUCGCCGAUCUUCCUGUCGCCAAAGGGAUUGGUUCCGUGACGCCCACUACUGUAAUCAAGCUUGUCGGUCGCCGUUCUCGCCGUCAGUUAGGGGAACGAGUUCACUUCUGCGUCCGUUGCGAUUUUCCCAUCGCUAUCUAUGGUCGCCUGAGUCCUUGUGAACAUGCCUUUUGCCUCGAAUGUGCUCGUAGUGAUUCGAUUUGCUAUCUUUGUGACGAGCGUAUUCAAAAGAUUCAGACGAUCAAGAUGAUGGAGGGAAUAUUCAUCUGUGCGGCACCUCACUGUCUUAAAUCUUUCCUGAAGAAGGCAGAUUUUGAAUCUCAUAUCCAUGCAUUUCACGGCGAUCUUUUACAGCCCAACUCAGAGAAAGACGACGGUAACGAGUCAGACGUUCAAAGCACAAAGCAAUCUUCAGCUUCCGAAUCCACACUGCGAGGUCCUGUUAGGCCCCAGCAACUAUCUCGGGAACAACCACCGCACAGGCAGCCAAAGGCACAACCAGGAUUUGGGCAAGCCUCUAAUUAUCUGGCUGAAUCUCCGGCUGAUAACUCCCGCCCUCCAGGGUUUGAAACGGCUGGUUCCAAACCCGGUAUUCUGCCCGGGAACCAGUUCCCUGAAUACCCACCAAUGCAUUCUAUGCAACCACUCAAUCAGCCUAUGCCUCCUAUGAAUCAAAACCAGGUUUUGCCCCAACCCUUUGGUUUUCCUCCAUAUCCAACUGACGGGGGCCAACCAUUCUACGGUGGUCCCUACGAGAUGCCGAGGACAGAAAGCGGAUCAGACCAAGGAUCUUUACUGGUUUAUCCUCCAAUAGCACCAAUGGUGAACCCAAAUUUCCCGGGACCCUAUCCUCCUCAGACAUGGAACCAUGGAAUGCCCGGUUUGCAUUUCGACGCUACAGCAGGAGGUCAGGGCCAGGGGAGUCAAGGAGGCAGAAACAACCUUGAAGGCAAAGGCAUACUGCCACCUCCUCCGCCGGCUCAGGUGGCACAACAGCUAAACCGGGGUCAGUUCUAUCAGGGUGACACUGGAAGAACAACAUGAGAUGGGUUUGGAACUUGUGGUAAUUUAGGAAAUUCUUGUCUCCAAACUCAUUUGUGAUUGACGAUCAAUUGUUUGUUUGAAAGGAAGCAAUUCUCGUUUUUUUAA